CUUGGUUGCCCUGAGGAAGUGUUUCGGCUGGUUUUUAUGGCCAAUCAGAAUCCUUAUUGAAGUUCGAGGUGUCCUUGCCACAGGUUUGAGGUGAUUACCUAAGCCAGAGGCCGCAUGUUUGAGAAACGAACAUGAAGGUCACUCUCGUCCCGCAAUGAACAGCACCGUGCACCAAGCCUGCGCCUCCAUCAUCUCAUUCUCAUCCAACCGCCACCGUCAUCGACUCUUGACACUCAGACACGAUCAGAGAAGACGCGCAACACAUCACGGACACACGAACAGCAACGCAUCCGUUAUAGCGCAGCAAGGACGGAAUAGUGUCCAACAUGGUCUGCGCCAAGUGCCAGAAACUCCACCAGACAACCCUUGCCACUCCGGGGGUCAAGAAGAAGAGUGAGAUGUACUAUGGCUCACCGGCGUCUUCAUCUUCGUCGACCGACAAGAAGUCGGCCACGCUCGGCCAAACAGGUAUCUCAAAGAGCAAGCUCCUUUCUAAGGCUGCCAAGAACCCCUACGCUCAAUACUCCAGCUCAUGUGCACGAUGCAAGACCAAGAUCGCCCAGGGGCACACAUACUGCAACCAGUGUGCUUACCGCGCAGACGCAUGCCACAUCUGCGGGAAGCCAAACAAGCCCAAGUCAGCCGUGCCUACGGUUGAUGGCCAGAAGCGGACCCUGAAGUGAGGCGAAAGGCCAGGUCUGUCAUCAAGGUCAAUCGGCCGAACUCGUCAAUAGGCGCCGGGACCGGCCGAGCACACAGGCUACGGUCAGGACACGACGCUACUCCACAAUGCGCCUCUCCCGCCGCGGCGUUUGUAGCGGACAAAAUCCCGCCGCUCCCGAAGAUACCUCACGGCCAUCUGGAGGUGUGUUACGGUUCUCGGUGCGUUGUAUCGUCGCAUACUAAGUUCGCAAAUUCUUGGGAACCAGGGGUGGCCGAGG